AUGCUUGGAGAUCACAGCAGUCUCCCCACAGACCGAGCUCUGCUCAGCCAGCCCCCCAAAACUGGACUCAGCUGCAAAAUGGUGCUCCAGGCAGUCGGCAAAGUGCUCAGAAAGUCUAAAGCAAAGCCCAAUGGAAAGAAGCCUGCUGCCGAGGAGAAAAAGAUGUACCUGGAGCCAGAGUACACCAAGUCCAGAAUCACCGACGUCGGCUUCAAGGAGCUGGUGGUGCUGCCCCGGGAGAUCGACCUCAACGAGUGGCUGGCCAGCAACACCACCACGUUUUUCCACCACGUCAACCUACAGUACAGCACCAUCUCAGAGUUCUGCACGGGAGAGGCCUGCCAGACGAUGGCCGUGUGCAACACACAGUACUACUGGUAUGAUGAGCGGGGGAAGAAGGUCAAGUGCACUGCUCCCCAGUAUGUCGAUUUUGUCAUGAGCUCCGUGCAGAAGCUGGUGACCGACGAGGAUGUGUUCCCCACGAAAUACGGCAGAGAAUUCCCCAGCUCCUUCGAGUCUCUGGUGAAGAAGAUCUGCAAGUACCUGUUCCACGUGUUGGCGCACAUCUACUGGUCCCACUUCAAGGAGACCCUGGCCCUUGAGCUGCACGGACACUUGAACACCCUCUACGUCCACUUCAUUCUCUUCGCCAGGGAGUUCAACCUGCUCGACCCCAAAGACACCGCCGUCAUGGACGACCUCACGGAGGUGCUGUGCAGCGGCGGGGGCCGCAGCGGGGGCGGGGGGGAGGGGGCCAGCAGCGGGGGCGCGGGGGCACAGAACCACGGGAAGGAGAGGUGAGCCCCCGGCCGGACAGGCGCGCACCUGUGCAGAGAGACGGUGGUGCGUGUGCCUGUGUGUGUGCGCACACGCACCAGGCACGCGCAGCGGGAGGCCUGAGAGGUUGACGCUGCCCCCCACCUGGCCCGGGCGCGCUGAGUGUGGGCUCCCCAGACGCUGGCAGGCCGUGCAUCGGACUGGCCCCCUGCCGGGGUUUUCCUGUUGGACGGAUGAGUGCCGCUUGUCAAGAAGGACCUUUGGAUUUCAUUCAUUCGCUCAACAAACGUUUAUGGGACUGCCGGUCUGAGUUUCCUUCUCCUGUGGGGCUUUCCUUUCCUUGGUCUUCCAUGUGGCCCCCACUCCUCCCCUGGGGGCUCUGCUGUUUGAGAGAAAUACACCCGUGGGAGCUGGGGCUCCUUCCC